AUGGGGAACAUGGACGGGAAAUCCGUGGAGGAGCUGAGCACCACCGAGUGCCACCAGUGGUACAAGAAGUUCAUGACAGAGUGUCCUUCAGGCCAGCUCACCCUCUACGAGUUCAAGCAGUUUUUUGGCUUGAAGAACCUGAGUCCGGCGGCGAACAAAUACGUUGAGCAAAUGUUUGAGACGUUUGACUUUAAUAAGGAUGGCUACAUAGACUUCAUGGAAUACGUGGCAGCCCUGAGCCUGGUGCUGAAGGGGAAGGUGGACCAGAAGCUCAGGUGGUAUUUCAAGCUCUACGACCUGGAUGGCAACGGCUGCAUCGACCGGGCUGAGCUGCUGAACAUCAUCAAAGCCAUUCGCUCCAUCAACCGCUGCAACGAGAAGAUGACGGCCGAGGAGUUCACAGACAUGGUGUUCAACAAAAUCGACAUCAACGGAGACGGCGAGCUGUCCCUGGAGGAGUUCAUGGAGGGCGUGCAGAAGGACGAGAUGCUGCUGGACAUCCUCACGCGCAGCCUGGACCUGACCCACAUCGUCAGGCUGAUCCAGAACGACGGCAAGAACCCCCACGAGGCCGGGCAGGACGCCCAGGCUGCCCAGUAGCCCCCGGGACGCCUUCCCCCGGCCUCCCCACAGCCGUGGGGCUGCUCUCCCCGCUGGCAGAGCUGUCCCCGGGCGCAGGGACCGCGCUGUGACACCGCGGGCAGCGGGAGGAGAGGCCUCUGCAGGGAGGGCUGCACGGCUGGGCUGGCCCACACCCACCCAGGACGGCCUCGGGGCUCUGGACGCUGCUGCUGCUGAGCUCAGAGAGGGCACAGCCAGAGCUCCCUGGGCAGGGGAGCAGCACGGGGCUGUGCAGGCCAGGAACUCCCUGAGGACACCCCAAAACUGCCACCCCCCCAGCGGGGCCCAGCAGGGGCUGCCCAGGACUUGGCCCCGGUGAGAGGGGUCCUGGAAAAGCAGAUCUGAACCUUCUCCUCCCAUUUGUAAUUCCAGAGCAGGCAGUCAGCAGUUCUGGUCACUCCUUCCUUCACUGGUUAUGGUUUGGUCACAGUGAUAACGUGAGUUAAAACAUUUAUGAGCUAGCAAAAGGGGAGGGGUGAAUGCAGUGGCUUUGUUUAAAGCAUUAAAACAUUGAACGGUGCCUUUUUUUAACGACCUCCUGGACUGGAAGGAAAUGUUUCUCCCUGAAGCAUCGGGAAGGAAGGAAGUGCUCCCAGAGGAGCAGAAUCAGCACUGCAGGAACCCGAGAGGAGCUGCAGGACCUUUCCUGCUGUGUCACCUCCUGGCAAAGGAGCACGGGAGGCUCUGGCCCCUUGUGUGUGUGGGUGCUGCAGGGGGAGCUGCUCCAGAGGGUGAGACCAGCUCAGGGCAGGGCCCGAGGUCAGCCCUGGGCACCCCCUGGGCACCCCAUGCCCAGGCAGGGCUGCCAGCCCCCAGAGCCCAGCUGUGCCCCAGCUGCUCCUGCAGGGAGCUCCUCACCCCAGGGGCACUGCCAGGCGAGGUGAGGCAGCACAGGACACCAGGAAGGGCCUCUUGCCCAGCUGAGUUUUGUUAUUUAGCACUGGGUGUUUGCAAUUCAUAAGCAGCUUCCUGACCAUUUUUCCUGUGAGUCUUUUUCACUGGACAGAGUUUCACCUGGAAGCUUUUGUACUUCCAGUCCUAUGGCGAGCUAAUAAAGAUGAUUUACAAUGUCAUUUCAGGCUGUGCAUCUUCUCUCUUGCAGCAGGACAGAUUCAGUGGCUCACACGAGUGCAGAGGAGCUGCUCUAGGGGCUGUUCUCAAAGCACAGCACAGGAGCCCUGGCUGGGCAGCUCGUGCACUCACAGCCUGCAAGAGGGAGCAGCUGCACCCCUCGUGAGAGCGGGGCUGAGCUGUUUACUCACAGUGUAUGUUUACUCACAGUGUAACUCCCUCUCGCAGCAGAACCAGCUCCCCCAGAGAUGCCCAGCACAAAGCUCGGAGCCCUUGGGCCCUGCAGCAGCAUGGGCAGGGGGCUGGGCUCAGCCUGGGCUUUCUGAGCACCUCCCUGGGCACGGACUCCAUCAGCCCCCCGAGCUCCCCGCAGCCUCCCCUCUGUGCCCGGGGGCAGCAGGGAGCGGCUCUGAGCAGCCAGAUCUGCAGUUACAAAGCCAAAGCUGCUCUGAAAGGGC